AUGGAUUCAGACUCCGAUACAGAAUUCAGUUAUCCUGAUUUACAACAACAGGCAACGAUUCGCCCUUAUAUGUUUGAGCCCCUACCGCGGUCACAAAGAGAUGCAGCUUGUGGGCCUAGUCAAAGUGACAACACCGAGGAUAUGGAGGAUGAGGAUGAUGUAAAUACCGAUAGGAUAGGACACACAGAAUGGUGUCAGUGUGGCAAAUGUUUGCCAAUGCGAAAAGGAAGGGAGAGUGUCUGCUGCUUGGAGAUAGACGAAGUAAAAAAACGAACCGGAAGACUUACAUGCAUAACAGACCACGAUGGCUUCAAGUCACUAUGCCUUGAUCAUCAUGUCGUAGAGGAUGCGAUUUAUCAGUAUGUGGGUGAGGUGGGAGGCUAUGUCGACGAUACUCCCGCUUUUGAACUUUUUAGGCAUGUAGCUUAUCGCCAGUUUGUCAGGUGGAUUUGGCGGCGGCUAGGAAAGCAUGUAAGGAAAGUCAUUCCUUCUUGUUCGGUGGCAAAGAUUAGAGCCAAGUUUCCAUCUGAAACAUAUACAGGGUUCAAGUUAUUUGGAAUUGAUCACUGA